GGGCGUGGAGCAGCCACAGUGAAGGACAGAGGGGCAGCGGGGGCCAAGGGUCGUCAGCCGAUGGAGUUUGCUGGGGAAAAUGAAGGGACGCCGGGAGGAGGUCUCCAGCGCGCAGCCGGGGGGGCGCGGCCGAGUCCGGAGUCCGCUGGGGAGGGAGGCUGGGACUCGGCGGGGAUGGAGGAGGCCGGACCGACCGGAAUGAAGAAGACAGGGGAUGGAGAGGAGGGAAGUGGACAGAGGGCGGAGGGGAUGCCGACGGGCUUAACGGUUGUGAAGCAAGAAAGGAUGGACUGGCCGGAAGUAGACGGAGGCGUGUCGGCCGGCCGCUGGAUCAAGCAGGAGGCGGAGGACAAGCCUCGGGUGAAGGAGGAGAAAGCAGGCGUGGUGGAGGUGAAGCGGGAGGUGGACAGUAGUCUGGAGGUGAAAGAAGAGAAGAUGGAUGAGCCAGAGGUAAAGGAAGAGAAGGUGGAGGUGAAGGAGGAGGCGAUGGACUGGGCAGAAGUGAAGGAAGAGAAGAAGGGUAACUUGGACAUAAAACAGGAGGCCAUGUCCGUCGCUCCGGACAUAAAAGAGGAGAGGAUGGAUGGAAUAAAAGGAGAGAAGGACCUCCUGAAGAAAGAAGUGAUGGAUGACCCCAAAGUGAAGGAAGAGCCUCAGAUGGAUCACCCAGUGGGCUGCAAGCGGAAACUGGCCAUGUCAAGGUGUGAAACUUGUGGUACAGAAGAAGCAAAGUACAGAUGUCCACGUUGUAUGCGAUAUUCCUGCAGUUUGCCCUGUGUGAAGAAACACAAAGCAGAACUGACAUGUAAUGGAGUUCGAGAUAAAACCGCAUAUAUUUCAAUACAACAGUUUACUGAAAUGAAUCUCCUGAGUGAUUAUCGAUUUUUGGAAGAUGUGGCAAGAACAGCAGACCAUAUUUCUAGAGAUGUUUUCUUGAAAAGACCCAUAAGCAAUAGACAUAUGCACUUUAUGAAAAAUCGUGCUCGAAGGCAAGGUAUUAAUUUAAAACUUCUACCCAAUGGAUUCACCAAGAGAAGAGAGAAUUCAACAUUUUUUGAUAAGAAAAAACAACAGUUUUGUUGGCAUGUGAAACUCCAGUUUCCUCAAAGUCAAGCCGAGUACAUAGAGAAAAGAGUACCAGAUGAUAAAACUAUUAAUGAAAUCCUAAAACCUUACAUUGAUCCUGAAAAGUCUGAUCCUGUAAUUCGUCAAAGGUUGAAAGCCUACAUUCGCUGUCAGACUGGGGUCCAAAUUUUAAUGAAGGUUGAACAUAUGCAGCAAAAUUUAGUAAGAUAUUAUGAACUAGAUCCUUUUAAAAGUCUCCUAGACAAUCUGAGGAACAGAGUUAUCGUUGAGUACCCAACAUUACAUGUGGUAUUGAAAGGAUCCAGUAAUGACAUGAAAGUUCUUCACCAAGUGAAGAGUGAAUCUCCCAAGAACCCUGGCAAUGAAAAUUGAGUACUCCUUCUGGAAGAAGAAGGUGAAAAUUUCCAGACAGUUGCAGAGGACUAUUCAUUGAUGGGCUGUUGGAUGAUUAGGGUAUUGUCAGUGGGUGGUGGGGAUUUUUUGUUUGUCUGAAAAGUAAUUAAACAAUCUAAAUUUUUAAAAAAAUAUUUUAUAGUCUCUUGAAUUAAUUCACAUGUAAGACCCCUUAUUUAUUUUACUCCCCUUUCCACCUGAUCAACAUAAUGCUUAUUAGGCAUUGGUUUGUAACAUACUUAAUUCCAUAGGCUGAUAACUUUGUUGUUGGUUUGAUACAUGGGUAAACCCAGGGAUUGCCAGUGUCCACCACAAAGUUGGCAUUCUCUUGAGUGGAGCCUCACUAAACAGAAAGGCCAUGCAAUGCACCAUUGAGUCACAGAAGAAUUAAUCCUACUUCAGUUGCCCAGUCUUGUCUUUGGGGUUUAUAUGUGACUUAUCCUUUAUGAGACAAUUUGGAUACUUAGGAAACUCCCAAGAUGAUGUUUUGUACUGGGAGGCUGAGUAAAUACUGAAUAAAUACUAUUAAUUAAUACAUUUCUUAUAUUCCAUUCAGAACGUCAGUGGCUCCACAUUGUUUGAGCUAUCAGUGCUAAGGAAUUUAGAUCUACUUAUUCAUACAAUGAGCUGUCUUGUGACUUCUGUGCCUUCCAUCCCAUUCCCAAUCCACUCUCAUCAUUAUCACAGAGGGGUGUUGUGAUGACCAGUUUUAUACUGUGCUUUGAUAUGUCUAGCAAUAACGAAAGAAAAAAAACCUUGAAAAUCUUCAAUGUGUUAUUGAAAUGUAUAUGUAUGUAUUCAUGUAUAUACAUGGCUUAAUUUAUACCUUAUGGCAGCUUUGUAUACAUUAUGAUCUCACAUAUUGAAGUUAAAGUUUCCUAAUUUUAUUGGAAUUUAUAUCGUUAUGAAACUACAAUAUGACAAUAAAAGAAUAAAAGAUUAUUACAUCUGUA